CUUUGUGAGGAUCGGGUAUUCUCAGUAUAGAUUCAGGUAUACAAACAGUAAAGUUCCCCAAGAUAUGAAUUCUAUUUUUGAGAAAAGUUUGAAACUUAAUUAUAAAAGAUGGGUAUUACAAAAAAGCAUGAGUUCCUUGGUGCAGUGCAUAAAACCAGAAUUAGAAGCAAUAAGAGCAGCUGGUACAUGGAAAAAUGAACGAAUUAUUGCUUCACCUCAACGUACUCGAAUUUUACUAACAAAUGGAAUAGAAGCUCUCAAUUUCUGCGCCAAUAAUUAUUUAGGUCUAUCCAGCAACAAAGAAAUCAUUUCAGCAGCAAAAGAUGCUUUAGACAAAUAUGGAGCUGGUUUAAGCUCUGUAAGAUUCAUAUGUGGUACUCAAGAAAUUCAUGUAGAAUUAGAAAAAAAAAUUGCUCAAUUUCAUGGAAGGGAAGAUUCUAUUCUUUAUGCUUCUUGCUUGGAUGCAAAUGCAGGACUCUUUGAAGCCUUAUUAACAGCUGAAGAUGCAGUAUUUAGUGAUGAAUUGAAUCAUGCCUCUAUCAUUGAUGGUAUCAGAUUAUGUAAAGCAAAAAGAUACAGGUAUAAGCAUAGGGACAUGACAGAUUUAGAGAAUAAACUACAAGAAAGUGCGUCGUCGCGUUUACGUCUUAUCGCUACCGAUGGAGUCUUUUCCAUGGAUGGCACUGUUGCACCAUUACCAAAAAUACUUGAACUCGCAAAAAAGUACAAUGCUGUCACUUUCGUGGAUGACUGUCAUGCUACUGGAUUUUUUGGAAGAAAUGGAAGAGGCACAGAAGAUUAUUUUAAUCAGUUAGGAAGCAUUGAUAUCAUUAACUCUACACUGGGUAAGGCUCUAGGUGGAGCGGCAGGUGGUUAUACAACUGGUACAAAAGAAUUAAUUGCUUUGUUAAGGCAACGCAGCAGGCCGUAUUUAUUUUCGAAUUCAUUGCCUCCUCCCGUAGUCGCAUCAGCAAGUAAGGUCAUGGAUCUAAUAACAGAAUCUACAGAAUUUCUAGACCAGCUACAGAGCAAUACGAAUCUAUUUAGAAAUGCUAUGAAAGCAGCAGGUUUCACAAUUAUUGGGGACAAUCAUCCUAUCUGUCCUGUCAUGAUAGGAGAUGCAAGACUAGCCACUGAAUUUGCUGAUGAAAUGAUUGAGAAAGGCAUUUAUGUUACUGGUUUUAGUUAUCCGGUAGUUCCGAAGGGUAAAGCACGAAUACGUGUUCAAAUCAGUGCUGCACACACACAGAAUGAUAUAGAGCACGCUAUAAAUGCAUUUGUGCAAGUUGGAAAACAACUUACAGUGAUUAAUUGAUACACAGUUUUUACAUUUGCCUCGUAACGUACUCGUGAUAUGACACAAAUAAAAUUCACACAAUCUCUGUGAAAUGCAAAUAAUAUUUAAUACGUAGACACCAAAGCCAAGCUUUUACAUGCAGAGGGACUUGUUCCUACCAAAUAUAAAUCAAAAUAUUACCUUUUAUACAAGUUUUUCGAUAUAUAAGAUUUUGUCAGUUUAUAAACGCUUUCGAUUAGAUAUAAUGUUAUGUAUUCUUAUUAAAUAUCAACUUUAUAGACAUUAAGGUUUGUAUGGCUUGAUCAGAUUUUCAGAAAACUCUUUGACUUGUUUGACUCCACGAACUUCUCUUUCUAACAAAGGAAGCUGUGUUAUAUGAAAAUCUUCAUACAAAUCCAUUAUCUACGGAAAAUAAAAUGAAAUUAAACUACAUAUUUAAUUAUAAUACGUCUAAUAAAAUAAUAA